AUGACUUCUUCACCAAAACUCCCCGCACCUCUCGACGACGUCCCUGCCGCUGGCUGGACGCCCAAUACUUGGCGCUCAAAACCGAUCAAGCAGUCUCCCGCCUACCCCGAUGAGGCCAAGUUGAAAAAGUCGGUCGCGGAGCUCGGCCGCAUGCCGCCUCUGGUGCAUCCGUCCGAGAUCAACUCGCUCAAAGCUCACCUGCGCGACGUGGCCGAGGGCAACGCCUUUCUGCUGCAAGGCGGCGACUGCGCCGAGCUGUUUGACUACUGCCAGCAGGAUGCCAUUGAGUCCAAGAUUAAGCUGCUGCUGCAGAUGAGCGUAGUUCUCAUCUGGGGCACCAAUAAGCGCGUGGUCCGCAUCGGUCGCAUGGCUGGCCAGUACGCCAAACCCCGGUCCAGCCCUACCGAGAUUGUCAAUGGCAAGGAGAUGCCCAGCUUCCGCGGGGACAUUCUCAACGGGUACCACGAGGAUGAGCGCGAGAUUGACCCUAGUCGCCUUCUCAAGGCUUAUCACCACUCGGCGGCUACACUCAACUUUAUUCGCUCCGCAAUUGCAUCUGGUAUUGCUGACCUGCGCCAUCCUUUUGACUGGGGCCUGGGACAUGUUCGUGAUCCGGUUCUGAAGGAAAAGUACUCUGAGAUUGCUAGAAGCAUCCAGCAGACCCUGCGCUUCCUUCACGUCAUCAAUGCUCGUCCGGAUGAACUAGAGACUGUCGACAUUUUCACUUCCCACGAGGGCCUGCUCCUUGAAUAUGAGGAGGCUCUGACCCGCCAUCUGCGGAAGCCCGCUUCACACUCGCCCGGCGGCAGCAGAAUUGCGACGCCCCUGACUCGCUCGCCACGCCUUGGGGCCGCAGAACCCAGCUCCUCCAACACGCAGGAAUACUACGACACAUCAGCCCAUUUCCUGUGGAUUGGUGACCGCACAAGACAGCUCGAUCAUGCCCACGUUGAGUUCUUUAGAGGCAUUGCCAACCCCAUUGGCAUCAAGGUUGGGCCCAGCACUCCGACCGACGAUCUUUUGGCUCUGCUGCGCACUCUCAACCCCCAACGCGAAGCUGGCAAGAUUACCCUCAUCACUCGCUACGGCGCCAGCAAGGUUGCCGAUCUCCUGCCCAAGCACAUUCGCGCUGUCGAGGACUCUGAAUACCGCCGGUGCGUGGUCUGGCAAUGCGACCCCAUGCACGGCAACACCCUGUCGACCGGAACGGGCAUCAAGACGCGCCGCUUCAACGACAUUUACAAGGAGCUCCAAGAGUCGCUUCGCAUCCACAAGGAGCAGGGCAGCUACUUGGGCGGCAUGCACCUGGAGCUGACGGGCGACGCCGUCACAGAGUGCCUGGGUGGUAGCGAGGGCCUCGACGAGGACGACCUGUCUACCAACUAUACUUCGUUUUGCGACCCCCGGUUGAACGAGAAGCAGGCCCUGGAGCUGGCUUUUCUAGUCGCUGAUCACUUUUCCAGAGAGGGUAGGAAGAACUAG